AUGGAAUUGCUGCCGUUCUGGAGCAAGCCUUUCCUGCCGCGCAAGGUCAUCUCCUCCCCUCUACUCAAACACGGCAUUCAGCAUAACCCCAGCGGGAAGCCUCGCAAGGGGUCGUUUGAAGUGGUGAAGCGGCAACAUGAAGAAGAAGAAGAGGACGAGGUGCUGCUCUUUUCGAAGCUGGACACCUUCGGGCCGGCCAAGAACAGAGCCCACCUGCCCGCACUGCUCGACGUCCUCGAACUGGUCAAAGCCCAGCUGGGCCUCGGCACCACGCCGCCGGGCAGCGACGAGAAGGAGCGAAAGGAAGAGGAGGAGCCGACGAGCGGUACGAAGAAGCGGAAGCGGACCGAUGCCUGCAAGGACGAAGAUGAAGAGAAAGAGAAGGGCGAUGAAGGGGAGAAGCCGGCGCCCAAGCCCAAGCGAGUGGCGAAGCGAACCCGGCGCGAGCCAGCCGUCGCGAACUAA